GAGCUCAUUGAAGCAGGCGCCGGCUGGGCAGACAAGUUUCGGGAGGUUCUCAGAGGACGCGACCUGGAGUUCUGCCGAAUUCUCACUGCCAGGGGCAUGCCCUUGACAGUUCUCCCUUCAGCAGACUCCGCCGACUUGAUAGUUCCACCUCUCCUCGAGGAUUUUCCUUUGCAAGUGUGGCUCCAGGUUCCCGGCAACGAAGACCGUCAGACCUUGAGAAAUGUUCUUCAUCUUCUGUUGCAGAUCCAGGAACGAAAGAUUCAUGGGACUCAUGGCCACCAGGAGGCUGAGAUCUCGGCGAAAGCCGCUGAGAACUAUAUGGACAAGUGGAUACGAGUGGCAGGCUGUCUUUCAAGGGACCAAGGCACGGAGUCGACAGCAAACAAAUUGCAUGAGCUGGGACGCAUGCACCUUGAUGCCAAGGAUUUGAUGAAGGCUUUCAACUCCCUGCAGCACGCUUUAAGCAUGAAGAGAUCUCUGUAUGGCAACCAAAACACUGCCAGCAUCGCAAAGACUUUGACCCUGCUGGGCCAGGCCACACCGGCCACAUUCCACAACCGCAAGUUCGAUGUGCAUUUCUUCCGACAGUGUUUGGACAUAACCGUACAGUGUUUGGACAUGUAUUUUACCAAAUAUCUCCCUUCAGAUGAUUGGGACGAGUUUCUAUCCUAUGGCGUGAACCGCGAGUAUGAAGAGUGCAUGUGCCACCUGCGAAAGUAUCUCGUCUCGCCACAAGUG